CAAGUAGGGGGUGUCUGUGACGCAAUCACAGAGACCCACAAACCUGCUCGCAUUAGAAAACGCCUCUCCCUCUCCCUCUCCCUCUCGAACUCUACCUCUUCAUGAAAUUCUUAUAAAACCUUUCCCCUGCAACAAACCCUGAUGCAGUGAUGCUCCUCCUUAACAAGUAUCUAUUCCCACUCUGUUUCUUCAAUUUUAAUUCCCCUUGGAGUUCGUUCUCCCACCAUCAAGAAACCAUGCGAAAAAGGGUCCGAGCGACCUUUUUGUUCGGCUUCGUUGCUAUCGUUCUCUUCGCCUUCGUCUCUCUCCAUCUCUCUCGCGAUGCGAUUUCUGAGAAAGAGAUUCGGUACUCGGCGACCAACCUCCCGGCUCGAUCCAAGAACGCGAAUCUUGUCAACUACGCGGUCCAAGAGAAUCAUAGCGAUCAUGAGGCUAAAGAACUCGGCCACCUCCGGACUCGACAUGUGUCCUCCAUCGGGGACUCGGUCUCGACCGUGUCGAUUCUGUUGCCGGCCUGGAAGGUCCUAGUGAUCGUCUCGCCCGAGACUACGCUUUCGCCCGGUUCCGGCGAGGAGCGCUGGUGUCUUUUCCAGAACAACGCCACGUCGGUGGCGAGUUUUUCCGGGGUUCUCCCGUUCACGAACCGGAACAUGUUCAAGUGCGUCAUGCCGAUCAGCGCUCGUCGUCUUCGGCCGUUCCUGCAGCCAGUUCUGAUAAAACCGUCGGAGAAUGAAUCUCCGGCUGCGACGCCAACGCCGAAUCUCAUGAUCAGGUGGACUUUCAUGGCGUACGAGUCGUUGUCGACCGAAGACGACGUAGUUUUGUUCGUUAAAGGCGUGAAUCAGCGCCAGGGAUUGAACCGGCCUCCACACGAGUUCAUGUGCGUAUUCGGUUACGGAACUGAAAGCGCCGUUAAAACUCCCGUCUUGAGCUCUGUCCAGGAGGUGUUCAGGUGCCCUCACCCGAACUUAACGGCGGUUAGUUCUGGCGGGGACGACGAGCGAAUCAAAAUCUCCCUCGAAAUCGUGGCCGAAAACCUGGUGGCCCCUUCGGUUGCGUACUACACGCCCCGGCGCAGCUUAGCGAGUCCACAUCAGCCGAAUUCGCUAUUGUGCGCAUGUACCAUGGUUUACAACGUGGCAAAGUUCUUGAAAGAGUGGGUCAUGUACCACUCCAAGAUUGGCAUCCAAAAGUUCAUCUUGUACGACAACGAUAGCGACGAUGACUUGGUAAGAGUUGUUGAGGAGCUGAAUAGAGAGGGCUAUAACGUCACGACGCUGUUUUGGAUUUGGCCUAAGACUCAGGAGGCUGGGUUCUCCCACGCUGCGAUCUACGCUAAGGACUCGUGCACUUGGAUGAUGUAUGUUGAUGUUGACGAGUUUGUUUUCAGUCCAUCGUGGCAUGCUUCUACGCAACCCUCAGAUCGCAUGCUCAGAUCGCUCCUGCCGAGGACCCCACCGAAGCCGUUGUCAUCGGGGCCCACACCACACCGUCGGAUCGGUCAAGUCAUGAUUAAGUGCAACGAUUUUGGACCGUCGAAUCAGACGGCCAAUCCAAUCGGGGGCGUCACGCAGGGGUACACGUGCCGUAGAAAGAUUGAGCAGCGGCACAAGUCUAUCGUGCUGUUGGACGCAGUAGAUUCGUCGUUGCUGAACGUGGUACACCAUUUUCAGGUGAAAGAGAAUUUCAGGUCAAAGGCAAUGAGCAUGGAGGACGCAUUGGUCAACCACUACAAGUACCAAGCGUGGUCAGAAUUUCGGUCCAAGUUUCGGAGGAGGGUCUCGGCCUAUGUUGCGGACUGGACGCAAGCGGUUAACCCCAUGUCGAAGGACAGGACCCCGGGUUUAGGGUUCGAGCCAGUUGAGCCGAAAGGGUGGGCCCAAAAGUUUUGCGAGGUGAGGGAUAACCGGUUGAAGUUAUUGACGCAAAAGUGGUUUGGGUCUCAAACGCCACAUGGGUACCAAAAAAUGGCUUGGCAGAGAUGAAUUCAAAUUCAGGUUUUUAAACCCAAAUCACAAAUUUUGUUGGAUUAAUUUUCGUGACGGUUUUAAGGUGAUUUGUUGGCGGAGUCAGAAUGUACAUGAAAGAGUUACCAAAAUAGUUUUGUAGUGGAGAUAGAUUUUUCUUAA